AUGAGUAGUGAAGGUACAACAACAGCAUCACCACCAGCAACCAGUAGUAAUGGAAAUGGUAGUCAAUCACCGAUUGAGAUACCAGAGAAUCUGUCGUCAUUGACCAACACACAGUUAAAGUCGAUAUUGAGUUCGAGAAACCUCUCUGACAAAGGUCCGAAAUCUGUAUUAAUAGCAAGAAUCAACGAGUUAAAGACUCCACCACCAUCACCAACACAAAAGAAACAACCUGCUUCUGUUACUUCACCAAAAGCUAAUGCUGCAACAACAUCACCAACAACAACAAGUCCACCUACAAAACCAAAAAAAGUAUUAAAUUAUAAUAAUAACAAUAGUAGUAAUAGUAGUAAUAGCAAUAGUGAUAAGAAAAAAGAACAACAACAGCAAAAAGAAAAAGAAAAAAAAGUAAAGGAAACAAAAGAGGAAGUGGAAGAUGAAAAUGAACAAGAACAAGAAGAGGAAAAUGGUGGUAACAAUGAGAAUACUGCUUCUGCCAAUAAUAGUAAUGAUGACGAUGAGGAGAAUACCAAUGCCAACGAUGAUAAACAAGAGUCAGCAGCUGCUGUUGCCAGUAAUAAUAACAAUGAAGAUGCCGAAGAAGAGGAUGAUGAAAAUAAUGGUAAUGCAGAUCAACAGCAACAACAACAACAACAGAAUUACAAUGGCGAGGGUAAUGAAGAGCAAGACGACGAAGAUCUGAUUGACAACAACAACAAAGAGCAGUUUGAUUACUCUGACAACGAGGAGAGCUAUCCCGAUAAUAUCAACGAUGAGGUUGACCAAAACGAGAUUGAAAAGGUGAUCAAGGAGGUCGAGGAGUCCGUUGCCGAAAAGGUCAAUAAGACUGCCGACAAGAAAGCAGAGGAAAAGGCCAAGGUACAACAGUCGCUUGCCGAGAUGGAAGAGGCAUUCAAGAAAUCGCCGGUUCUCAAGAUUGCAGGACUCACCGAAGCAAUCAUCGAUAAGGAUCUCAAAGAGUACCUCAGUGCUCACGGCAAGGUAAUGAACAUCACCUUUGACGGACCAAAGCGAGAUAUUGCUGUUGUCUGCAUGGAGAAUCAACAAGCUCAUAACUCUGUAAAAGAGAAAUUAAAUGGAACUAAAUUAAAGAAUUGUACAUUAAAUAUUAGUGAAAUGCCAAUUUCCGACACUUUGUUGUUUAUCGGUAACUUGGGACCAGAAGUCGGAAGAGAACAACUUAGAAAGAUGUUUGAGAAAUAUGGUGAAGUUGAUCGUGCAAUUGUUAUGAAAAACAAGAGAUCAGGAGAAUCAAAAGGUUAUGGUUUUAUUGACUUUAGAACCAAAUUACAAGCCAAUGCUGCUAAAUCAUCACUUGGUUCAACAAAGUAUAACGGUAGAAAUCUUCGUGUAGAUUGGGCUGAUUCAUGUUCAACCUUGGAAUUAAUGCAUUCAAAGACCAUUUUUAUCGAUCGUUUAUUAAGAAACUUUGUUGAUCGUACUAUUUUGAGAAAAUUGUUUACUAAAUUCGGAAAGAUUAGAGAUUGCAAUGUAUUCCCAAAUCCAAACACCGGUCAACCAAGAGGUUUCGCUUUUAUCGACUAUGAGUUGGUCGAAGACGCCGAGAAAGCACAAAAGGCAAUGAACGAUAGAGAUAUCCAGGGCUAUCCAAUUAGAGUGAGCUUUGGUAAUCCAUCUAGGCCUGGAUACACCUUGAUUCGUCAACCAAGACAAGGUCCACCACCCCCACCACCUCCACACAGAGGUGGAUUCGGUGGUCGUGGAGGUCGUGGAGGUCACGAUCGUGGUGGAUUCAGAGGAGGUGCACCAAUGGGUGGUCGUGGAGGUCAUCCAUUCAACGGACCGUUCCAACCACCUCAUCCACACGCCCACCCACACCCACACGCUCAUCCACAUCCUCACGCUCAUCCAAUGGGUGCAAUGCCAACUCCACUGCCAGGACAGCAAUUCCCACCCUACAGAGGCGGUGCUCCACGUGUCAAUCCACCACGUGGUAUGCAAGAGAAACAGAGAAAGAUCCAACAGGAAGCAAUGCUCAAACAACAGCAACAACAUCAACAACAGAUCCAACAGCAACAACAAACCUACAUGCAACACAUCUCCAAAAUGCAACACCAGCAACAACACCAGUAUCAGCAGCACCAACACCAACAACAUCAGCCACAUCAACCACAUCAACACCAACAACACCAACCAGCACAGCCAGCCCAAGUUGCACAGACACCAGUACUCAACCAGGCAGCCACAACACCAAACAACAAUGCCUACUAUCAACAAUACUACGAACAAUGGGCUGCCUAUUUAGCAUCUAACCCUGCAUAUGCUGGUUAUUCUCCACAGGAUUUAUCUAAUUAUUAUGCAAACUAUGCUGCACAAACUGAGCAAGUUGGACAAAAGCGACAAUUUGACCAUACCACGGGAACAGGAGGUUCAUUUACCCCACAAUUCCCUAUUCAUCCUUCACACAAUACUCAUUCACACAAUCCACACUCUCAUCACCCACAUGAUGGAGGAAAAAGAUCAAGACAUUAA